AUGGCGCAUAGUGGUGGUGUUUUAAGUUCGGAUAUAUCUCGAAGGAAUCCACAAGAUGAGUACGAGCUGGUGCAACGGAUUGGUUCGGGCACCUAUGGCGAUGUAUACAAGGCCAAACGCCUCAACGGCAACGGUGAGCUUGCUGCCAUCAAGGUGAUAAAGCUGGAGCCGGGUGAUGACUUCGCCAUCAUCCAGCAAGAGAUCCUCAUGAUGAAGGACUGCCGACAUCCAAACAUCGUCGCUUACUACGGGUCCUAUUUAAGACGGGACAAGCUAUGGAUCAGCAUGGAGUAUUGCGGCGGUGGCAGCUUACAGGACAUUUACCACGUGACUGGUCCACUGACAGAGUUGCAAAUCGCCUACAUGUGCCGCGAGACCCUCACCGGCCUCUCGUACCUUCACAGUAUGGGCAAGAUGCAUAGAGAUAUAAAGGGUGCUAACAUUUUGCUUACGGAGUGCGGCGACGUGAAACUGGCGGAUUUCGGCGUGUCGGCUCAGAUAACGGCAACCAUCAACAAGAGGAAGUCGUUCAUCGGGACGCCAUAUUGGAUGGCGCCUGAGGUGGCCGCAGUGGAGAGGAAGGGUGGUUACAACCAGCUGUGUGAUAUCUGGGCCUGCGGGAUAACGGCCAUUGAACUGGCAGAACUCCAACCGCCAAUGUUCGAACUGCACCCAAUGAGAGUGCUGUUCCUCAUGACCAAAUCCGGGUUCAAGCCUCCGCAACUGAAAGAGAGAGAGCGCUGGUCCCAGGUCUUCCACUCCUUUCUGAAGUUGGCGCUCACGAAAAAUCCCAAGAAGAGGCCCACCGCUGAUAAAUUACUGCAGCACGCGUUCUUCCAACAAGACAUGAGCAAGCGCUUAGCGAUAGAACUUCUGCAGAAGUACUCCAAUCCACCCAGCCACUGCAGCAGUCAGGAGUUAGAUGAAGAUGGGGCUUUAUCGAACGUACCGCAACGCAUCGCGUCCAAGCACACGGGUCGUGGCCGACGACUCAUGGAGCCGGUCGUGUCGGUGUCGUCGCGUCCCCGCAGCCUGGCCGAGAGGGCUCCUCUCAAGCCGCUCAAGCCAAACCUGUGCCGGCCUGCUUCACUGCUCGACGACACGACACCGACACGACUGGGCGACGCGACGGACACGCGACGACUGUAUGACGACUCGCCCGUUGUCGACCUGGACGCGGACGACGAGCUGGGCUUGCGCGUGAUCAACUUCAGUGCAGACGUGAGCAGGAGCUGCGACGGCGACACCGUCAAACGGAACCAAUUCCACCGACAAACGAGCGACGACUGGAGUGUAGCGUCUCUUAUGAGUUGUCCAAAACACAACCCUCUAUCUCAGGACCUGCAAGAUCUCACCACCGACAUUUUGCCAACGAGCGAAAACAAGUGGUGUCGGGUGAUCACGGGUGAUGAUAUUAUGAGAAUGAGUCUGAGGAGCCUCUUGCAAUAUAUUGACGAAGAGUUGAUGCUCAGGGCAACACUACCGUUGACAGCUGAAACGGCGAACAUGACACAGGGUAGUUCUGCGCUAUCAAUACACGAUCAACAUUUGUCGCAAUGCAUUCAGUUAAAGCAGAACUUUUUGAAUAGCUCCACAACCAAUAUAUACCAAAGUCUGACGUCGAAUUUCCAAAGCCCCAUCGGAGCAUCACGUGUUUCGAUAGACGAUCCGUUGUGUAGAAAAAUGGGCGACACGGAUAUAAUGUACGCGGACCAGCCAGAAAGCGAGGUUGCGUUAGAAUCUACACAAGUUAGGAACGCAAAUUGUGAGUGCGGUCUUUGCCCAAAACCGGAGCCGAGGGAUAACAACACUUUAAGCGAUUUACAACGCUCCGUCGCUUCGAAGUGCUCGUGUGACGCUUGCAACUCAAACGGCGAUAUACUCAGCUACUACAGGAACUGUUCGAAUCAGAAUCAGGAAUCGGGGAUCGUCUACUGUGAUACGUGUAAAAAGCAAAAGAUCUCGGUUUCAAACUUUAGGGCUCUGCAAAUCGCGAACCGUUUGCGGAUAUCAGACACGGACAAGGUCGAAAAUGGAGGGACUUCCGACGAGGACUUGUGUAGGAGAAUCGAUAUGAGUUUAAAUAUGGAGGAAAAGUCCUAUGAACAUAGGAAAAGACACAAUAGGCACAACUCUGACACCGUGACAGCGGGUAUAGACUUAAGUCAAUUUUGUCAAUGCGAGUUGGAGAAGAGAAAAACGUCUUCCGUAGAUGAAAUAUUCAAGAUGGUGGAUGAAGUAAGAGAUGGGAAGGAGUUGACGGUGGAUGAUACUAAAAGCACUCAAAGGCAAAGAAGUCUGUCGGACAGUCAGAGGGACAAAGCCAAAGUAGACGCUGAAGCGGGCGCUGCGGGCGGAGUGCCGCCGGUGCCGCCGCGGCGCGCGCGGUCGCGGCGCGCGCACACGCCGCCGCGGCCGGCGCCCAACGGGCUGCCGCCCACGCCCAAAGUCCACAUGGGGGCCUGCUUCUCCAAGGUUUUCAACGGAUGUCCGCUAAGGAUAAACUGUACGGCGUCUUGGAUACACCCGGAUACAAGGGAUCAACAUAUUUUAAUUGGCGCGGAAGAAGGUAUUUAUACGCUGAAUUUAAACGAACUGCACGAAACUGCCAUGGACCAGCUGUGUCCGCGGCGAACCAUCUGGAUGCAUGUCAUCAAGGAUGUGCUAAUGUCACUCUCCGGCAAGACGCCGUCGCUGUACCGGCACGAGCUGCUGGCGCUAGCUGGAAGUGCGCGCGGCGGCCGCUCGCUGCGCGCGCUGGCGCCGCGCCUGCUGCCGCGCCGCCUCGCGCCCAGCACGCGCGUGCCCGACACCAGAGGUUGUAUGCGGUGUGCGGUGUCGCGCAAUCCGUACAACGGGUACAAGUACCUGUGCGGGGCCACGCCGGCGGGACUCUUCCUCAUGCAGUGGUACGACCCGCUCAGGAAGUUCAUGCUGCUCAAGAACAUCGAAUGUGUUCUCCCCACUCCGUUGUCGGCGUUCGAACUGAUAAUCACACCAGAGCUGGAGUACCCGCUGCUGUGCAUCGGAGCUACAAGGAAACCUCUAAGGCUUAACCUGAUCAACAUUAACUCUGGUUCGACAUGGUUCCACUCCGACGAGCUGGAAGUGUGUGUGGGGGGCUCGAAUACGGUGAUCCCAAGGCCAGAGAGACUUCACACUCUGAAGGCUGUUCACCAACUUAACAAGGACGCGGUGCUAGUCUGCCACGAGAACAUGGUGGACAUAAUUCCAGUGCUCCCGACCUUGGAGCGACGGAGGCCUGAAGAGGAGAAGCGGAAGACUAAGCUAGUUUCGAGGAUACAGUUCGAUUUCCACAUAGAGAGUAUAUUAUGCUUAGCGGACUCAGUGCUCGCGUUCCACCGGCACGGAGUACAGGGCCGGUCAUUACGCAAUGCGGACGUCACCCAGGAGAUCACGGAUCUCUCCAGAGCAUAUCGCCUACUGGGAAACGAUAAGGUUGUGGUAUUAGAGUCGCACACAUUGCACAAUACCCUAUCUAGCGAAGAUGGCAACGAUUUGUACAUCCUUGCCGGUCACGAGGCUUCAUAUUGA